AUGGUUGUACCAUCGCUGGUCACCCCAGUUGGCAGUCGAAGGGUGAUAUUGCAGCAAUUGGAUUUCCCGAUCUUUAUCGGAGUGUUCGUUAAGCCUGAGCUGGAGUUGGCUCGAAUAGCUCUUUUGGAAAGUAGUUCCUUCGACUUCGUUGCGGGCUUCACGACCGGACAGCUUUUGCUGAUCGGUGAGUGGGCUCCUUUACAUGAUAGCAGUGUGCUGGGUUCGGGCAGUCCGUGUCGUCGUCAAGAUUGUGUUUUUGCGAACAAUUCAUACACACCGCCUCGCUGGAACAGUGCUUACGAGUGUGACCGUUGGCAGCACAGCAGCGGCACUGUAGCACGGAAGGGUAUGAUAUUGAUUGUGAUUGUAAACAGCCAAAUUUGCCACAGAACUCGUCCUAACAACUCCGCUGCAUUUGUUUCUCGUGUCAGGAGCGUAGAAAUAAAACCGAGAACGGCUGUGUGCCAAGUCGUGCUGCUGCUCCGUGUCGAAAACAGCCUGCAAAGGUUUCCCAAGCCGUUGGGAAGACGGUCACGAAGACUUUGGCUAGUUUGGGAACCCGCAGAGUUGGAGACGAAAGCACGGAAAAUAACCAACAAACGAGCACCCGGAGGAAAGAAAAAGUGCCAAGUAAUCCCGGCAACUGAACCGGCAAACGGAAGGGAAAAAGUUCCCGAGAGCCCCUUCACAAAAGGGGCUCUCUUUUUCCCCUUCUUUUCUUCCUCUUUUUCUCCCAGGAGUUGGUCAACGGUGUGCGAGCGGACAACAGUACGCGUGCGGAAACAAGCGGGAACCGAAGAGCAUCAGAAAGCAGUUCGACAGUGGUCGAUGGUCAUCAAGGAAUCGCAGGACUUCCGGAGAAGCCGGAAUUCAUCGCUACAAGGUACCAGACGGAGAUUCGACAGUGGUCGAGGAGUUCGAGGGAACCGGAAACAGAUUCCGGAAGAAUCCGGAUUGCACGGAGGAGAAUUUCACCAGAAAAGUGCUCGACAGUGGUCGAGAGUAUCAGAGGAACGGUUCGUGGUUUUCCGGAACAAUCCGGGUAGAAGCUGCACGGAAUCGAAGCCGACGGCUGCCGGUGGAGAACGAUUCGGCCUUGACGCAGGCCAGAGAAUCGUCGUCGACCGAAGAAGGCAAUCUACCGCAACCGCAAGUAUGCUGUCAGGACAUCCAAAUGCGAAUUGUUGCUGCGUUCGCCACCCGAGCGAUUUCUGCGAUUUCUGGGUCAACGAUGACCGACCAAUUGAUCGUCAUUCUUGGGACGAAUCGAGUCCGGAACAUCCAGUGAAAUGCACGUAAGUCAGCUGUUUAUUCAUUGCUUUCACACACCAUAAAUAAUCAGAUGAAUGAGCCUGAGGGCAAAAUAAAAAGGAUGGCUUGACCAUCAAUAAUUUGUUUGAGAAAUGUAAUGACAUGUUUAAAUUUAUUGCUUUUGCUUAGAACAACCUGAGCUAGCCUGGCAAAGAGGAAGAAACAAUUCUCUUCUUCUUUUCCUUAAGCCA